CGCUUCUCGAACGAUCUGCGGUUACGCUAACAACUCCCUGCUGCACGCAGUUUAAUCUUCGUGAUUUUGCCGCAAAAUGCCCGCAUGUGCAGCGGUAAACUGUAAAAAUCGCCAGUUUAAAGGCUGUGGACGAACAUUUCACCUAUUCCCAUUUAGCCGCCCACAAGUGCUUGCAGUAUGGCUUGCAAACAUGAAACGGGAUCGGUGGACACCGACACGUAGAUCAGUCAUCUGUUGUGACCACUUUGAAGCAGAGUGCUUUGACCUCACUGGCCAAACAACACGUUUGAAGCAAGAUGCAGUUCCUACAAUUUUUCAGUUUCCGAGCCAUUUGAAGAAGAUUACAAAACCUCAAAGAAAACCACCAAAGGAGAGGACCUUUGUCCAUCCAACAUCAAAUGUGGAGGCAGCAAACACCACAGCCACCCCAAAGUUGUCCACGUCAUCUGCCAUCAAUUAUCAUCACUGCUAUGCUGUGCCGCAAUGUACAGCAACGCUCAAGAGGAGACUAGAUGUAGCUCUUGACCAAAUCAGUUAUCUCCAGAAGAAGGUGAAGACACUGCAGCAAAAAUCACGUCGAUUAAGUAAAAAAGUCACACUACAGUGUAAUACAAUGCGCUGACAUAUUUGCUUUUCUCAGUUGUUGGUGCUGAGCUAUCAAAUUGAUAACAUUAUCUGAAGAAUGUAGAGUUUUUAGUGAAAUCUUUUGGAGAACAAUACAGAUAAAAUGUGGCUUUUCCCAUCAUGCAAUAUUGUGGAAGUUUUAUUACUUUUCAUGGUUAAACUUGUAUUAGGACAAAAAAGUUUCUGGAAUUAAU